AUGAGAGAUCUACCACGACAGACCCCGAUAUCAUAUACCAACGCAGCCUUUCAGCUGCCCAACUCAACUCACAACGGCCUAGGCAACUCUUAUACGCUCCCACGACCGGAGCGCUCUCGCCACCACUGCCGACCUCAUCUCGAACAAUACCACCCGUUUGAGUACCAGACCGAGAACAAUGGUUCGUGGGCUGGUGCUCUGCCGGUGAAGCAGGGUCUCUAUGACCCGUCCUUGGAAAAGGAUGCCUGCGGUGUCGGUUUUGCCUGCCACAUCAAGGGCAAGGCUAGCCAUAAGAUUGUCAGCGAUGCACGAAACUUGCUCUGCAACAUGACCCAUCGAGGAGCGGUCGGCUCCGACGCCAGAGACGGCGACGGUGCCGGUGUCAUGACCUCGAUCCCCCACCGCUUCUUCAUAAAAAAUUUUGAAAAAGAGGAAAAUAUCAAGCUGCCUCCCCAGGGCCAGUACGCCGUCGGCAACCUUUUCUUCAAGCCCGACGAGGAGACAUUUGGCGAGUCCAAGCGGCAGCUGGAAGAGGUUGCCGAGUCCCUGGGCCUGCGCGUCCUCGGCUGGCGACGCCCGCCCGUUGACUCAACCUUGCUCGGCCCCGCGGCCAAGUCGCGCGAGCCUAUCAUUGCCCAGCCCUUUGUCGUUCUCACCUCGGCAUACGGUCCUGGCGUCGAGCCCGAGAAUACGGACCCGGCGACCUUUGACGAGCGCCGCUUCGAGCGCCAGCUGUUUGUUCUCCGCAAGCGUGCCACCCACACCAUCGGCCUGCACAACUGGUUCUACAUCUCGUCCCUUUCCAACAAGAACAUUGUCUACAAGGGUCAGCUGGCCCCCGUCCAGGUCUACUCGUACUACCACGACCUCGUCAACGCCGACUACGAGGCGCACUUCGCCCUCGUCCACUCGCGUUUCUCCACGAACACUUUUCCCUCGUGGGACCGCGCUCAGCCGCUGCGCUGGGCCGCGCACAAUGGAGAGAUCAACACACUCCGCGGCAACAAGAACUGGAUGCGCGCCCGCGAGGGCGUUAUGCAAUCCGACGUCUUCAAGGAGGAGCUUGAGCAGCUGUACCCUGUCGUCGAGGACGGUGGCUCCGACUCGGCCGCCUUUGACAAUGUCCUCGAGCUGCUCACCAUCAACGGCGUCCUGUCCCUGCCGGAAGCUGUCAUGCUUAUGGUCCCCGAGGCUUGGCAGGGCAACGAGCACAUGGAUCCCAAGAAGGCCGCCUUUUACGAGUGGGCAGCGUGCCAGAUGGAGCCUUGGGACGGUCCCGCGCUCUUCACCUUUGCCGAUGGCCGCUACUGCGGCGCCAACCUUGACCGCAACGGUCUGCGUCCGUGCCGCUUCUACGUUAUGGACGACGACCGCAUCAUCUGCGCGUCCGAGGUCGGCACCAUCCCCGUCGAGCCGGAGAGCGUUAUUCAAAAGGGCCGUCUGCAGCCCGGCCGCAUGCUGCUCGUCGACACACAGGCUGGCCGCAUUAUUGACGACAAGGAGCUCAAGGAAGCCGUUGCCAGCCGCCAGGACUUCCGCGCCUGGCUCGACAAGGAGUUGAUCACCAUGCCCAAGGUGCUGGAGAAUCUCGAGCCCAAGAUGGACCUCGCGGCCAAGCCCAACGAGACGCUACUCCAGGAGGACCCCAUGCUACUUUCCUUUGGCUAUACCCACGAACAGGUCUCCCUGCUGCUCGCCCCCAUGGCGGCGGACGAGAAGGAAGCCCUUGGCUCUAUGGGCAACGAUGCGCCUCUCGCGUGCUUGACGCAGUCGCCGCGUCUACUCUACGACUACUUCCGUCAGCUUUUCGCCCAGGUCACGAACCCGCCCAUCGAUCCCAUUCGUGAGUCCAUUGUCAUGUCUCUUGAGUGUUACGUCGGCCCUCAAGGCAACCUACUCGAGAUGGAUGCCUCGCAGUGCGGCCGUCUGCUACUGCCCAGCCCUAUCCUCUCCAUUCCCGAGUUCAACGCACUCAACAAGUUGUCCACUAUCCACUCCGAGUGGACUGUCCGCACCAUUGACCUGACCUUCCCCAAGUCCGAGGGUGUUCAGGGCUACAUUAAGCACCUGGAUCAUAUCUGCAACGAAGCUACUGCUGCCAUCGAGGCACACGACCGUAUCAUUGUCCUCUCUGACCGCAACACCUCCAAGGACCGCGUUCCGGUCUCGGCGCUCCUCGCUUCCGGCAUGCUUCACCACCACCUUGUCAGCAACAAGUGGCGUUCCAUGGCUGCUCUCGUUGUCGAGACGGCCGAGGCCCGCGAGGUUCAUCACAUGUGCGUUCUGCUCGGAUACGGUGCUGACGCUAUCAACCCGUAUCUCGCCAUGGAGUGCAUCCUCAAGCUCAAUCGCGAGAACCUGAUCAAGAAGAAGCUGUCCGACGAGACCUUGAUCCACAACUACAAGCACUCCUGUGACGGUGGCAUUCUCAAGGUCAUGAGCAAGAUGGGUAUUUCUACGCUUGCCUCUUACAAGGGUGCUCAGAUUUUCGAGGCCCUUGGUCUAGAUGAGACUAUAGUUGAGCGCUGCUUCCGCGGUACUGCUUCCCGUAUCCAGGGCCUCACCUUUGACCUCCUUGCCGAGGACGCGUUCCGCUUCCAUGAGCGCGGCUUCCCCUCGCGCUACACUGUCGACAUCAAGGCGCUCCCCGAGUCGGGCGAAUACCACUGGCGCGACGGCGGCGAGGCACAUGUCAACGACCCGACGUCGAUUGCCAAUAUCCAGGACGCCGUGCGUACCAAGAACGACAAGUCCUACGAGGCCUACUCGCGCUCCGAGUACGAGCAAAUCAAGAACUGCACCCUCCGCGGUCUAUUGGACUUUAAGUUUGAGGACCGCACGCCUGUGCCUAUUGAUCAGGUCGAGCCCUGGACCGAUAUCGUGCGCCGCUUUUGCACGGGUGCCAUGUCCUAUGGCUCCAUCUCGAUGGAGUCGCAUUCCACUCUCGCCGUCGCCAUGAACCGUCUCGGCGGCAAGUCCAACACCGGUGAAGGUGGAGAAGACCCGGAGCGCUCCGAACGCAUGCCCAACGGCGACACGAUGCGCUCCGCCAUCAAGCAGGUUGCAUCCGGUCGUUUUGGUGUCACAUCUGCAUAUCUUGCCGAUUCCGACGAAUUGCAGAUUAAGAUGGCGCAGGGAGCCAAGCCCGGCGAGGGUGGCGAGCUGCCCGGCCACAAGGUAUCCAAGUCGAUUGCCCGGACCCGUCACUCCACUCCGGGUGUGGGCCUCAUCUCGCCGCCGCCGCACCACGACAUUUACUCGAUUGAGGACUUGAAGCAGCUUAUUUACGAUCUCAAGUGCUCCAGCCCUCGCUCGCGCGUUUCUGUCAAGCUCGUAUCUGAGGUUGGUGUCGGUAUUGUUGCUUCCGGUGUCGCGAAGGCCAAGGCCGACCACAUUCUCAUCUCCGGCCACGAUGGCGGUACCGGUGCUUCGCGCUGGACUGGAAUUAAGUAUGCCGGUCUUCCCUGGGAGCUGGGUCUGGCAGAAACUCAUCAGACGCUUGUUCUAAACGAUCUCCGCGGUCGCGUUGUAGUGCAAACCGACGGUCAACUACGAACUGGCCGUGAUAUCGCCAUCGCCUGUCUGCUCGGAGCGGAGGAAUGGGGUUUCGCCACAGCUCCUCUUAUCGCCAUGGGAUGCAUCAUGAUGCGAAAAUGCCACCUGAAUACGUGCCCUGUCGGCAUCGCCACCCAAGACCCCGAGCUCCGCGCCAAGUUUCAAGGUACUCCUGAGCAUGUCAUAAACUUCUUUUAUUAUCUGGCCAAUGAGCUUCGUGCUAUUAUGGCUCAGCUUGGCUUCCGAACCAUUAACGAGAUGGUGGGCCACGUCGAGGUUCUCAAGAUGCGCGACGACCUACGCACCAACAAGACAGCCAACAUUGACCUUUCCCUGCUCCUGACGCCCGCUCACCAGCUGCGUCCCGGCGUGGCCACUUUCAAUGUCCGCAAACAGGACCACAAGCUCUACGUCCGCCUGGACAACAAACUCAUCUCCGAGGCCGAGCUGACCCUGGACAAGGGUCUGCCCUCCCGCAUUGAGUGCGAUAUUGUCAACACAGACCGUGCCAUGGGCACUUCCCUGUCUUACCAGAUCUCGAAGCGGUACGGCGAAGCUGGACUGCCCAUGGACACUGUCCAUGUCAACAUCAAGGGCUCUGCUGGUCAGUCCUUCGGUGCGUUCCUUGCCCCGGGUGUUACGCUGGAGCUGGAGGGUGACGCCAACGAUUAUGUCGGUAAGGGCUUGUCUGGUGGUCGGCUAAUGAUCUAUCCGCCUCGCUCUGCCCAGUUCAAGGCGGAGGAGAAUAUCCUCAUCGGCAAUGUUUGUUUGUACGGUGCUACCGCUGGUACUUGCUUCUUCCGUGGUGUUGCCGCCGAGCGUUUCGCCGUCCGUAACUCGGGUGCCACCGCUGUCGUUGAAGGCGUUGGUGACCACGGCUGCGAGUACAUGACUGGCGGUCGUGUGCUUAUUCUCGGCAGCACCGGUCGCAACUUUGCCGCAGGCAUGUCUGGCGGUAUUGCCUACAUUCUUGACAAGAACCGCGACUUCUUGGGCAAGCUCAACACCGAGAUGGUGGAAGCUGGUCCUCUCGAGGACCCUACGGAGAUUGCCUAUAUCCGUGGCCUUAUUGAGGACCACCACCACUACACAGGCUCCGAGCUCGCCGCUCGUAUCCUCGUCGACUUCAAUCGCGCGCUACCCCGCUUCAUCAAGGUCCUCCCUGUGGACUACAAGCGCGUUCUCGAGGAAGAGGCGGCCAAGGCCAAGGAGGCAAAGCGUGCCGAGUACAACCUGCCCGCCGUUGCCGGCGUCCCCUCGCACCCCAAGAAGGAGGGGGAGAAGGCAGCCAAAUUGCAGGAUCUUGAGGAGGCCAUCGGCGACAAUGCCGUCGAGAAGAAGCGAGCACUGGUACUGGACAAGACUCGUGGCUUCAUGAAGUACUCUCGCCGCACCGAAAAGUACCGCGCAGCAUCCGCGCGGACGAAGGACUGGGCCGAGAUAAGCUCGCGUCUCAAUGAGGACGAACUGAAGUAUCAGUCCGCACGCUGCAUGGACUGCGGUGUACCGUUCUGCCAGUCGGAGACGGGCUGCCCCAUCUCCAACAUCAUCCCCAAGUGGAACGAGCUUGUCUUCCAGAAUCAGUGGAAGGAUGCCCUCAACCGCCUGCUCAUGACCAACAACUUCCCUGAGUUCACCGGCCGUGUCUGCCCGGCGCCCUGUGAGGGUGCCUGCGUUCUCGGCAUCAAUGAGGACCCUGUCGGCAUCAAGUCCAUCGAGUGUGCUAUCAUUGAUCGCGGCUUCGAAAAGGGUUGGAUGGUGCCCCGUAUCCCUGAGGUGCGCACCGGCAAGAAGGUAGCCAUCAUCGGCUCUGGCCCCGCCGGUCUCGCCGCUGCCGACCAGCUCAACCGCGCCGGCCAUCUCGUCACCGUGUACGAGCGCGCCGACCGCCUCGGCGGUCUCCUCAUGUACGGCAUUCCCAACAUGAAGCUAGACAAGCGCAUUGUAAAGCGCCGCACCGACUUCAUGGCCGACGAGGGUGUCAUUUUCAAGACGGGUGUCGCCGUGGGCGAGGACGGCCAUCCAAGCCUGGCGAGCCUCCGUGCCAACAAUGAUGCCGUCGUCAUCGCCACUGGCGCCACUGUCGCGCGCGACCUGCCCAUCAAGGGCCGCGAACUCGAGGGCAUCCACUAUGCCAUGGAGUUCCUGCACAAGAAUACCAAGUCGCUACUCGACUCGGAGUUGGCUGACAACUCAUACAUCUCGGCCAAGGACAAGCAUGUUGUUGUCAUCGGUGGCGGCGACACGGGCAACGACUGCAUCGGCACGUCGGUGCGCCACGGCGCCAAGUCAGUGACCAACUUUGAGCUGUUGCCGCAGCCGCCCGACGAGCGCGCACACGACAACCCUUGGCCGCAGUGGCCGCGAAUCUACCGCGUCGACUACGGCCACACCGAGGUGCGCCAGCACACAGGCAAGGAUCCGCGCGAGUACUGCAUUAUGUCGGAGUCAUUUGAGGACGAUGGCAGCGGCAAGGUCAAGGGCAUCAACACGAUCCGCGUUGAGUGGACCAAGAGCCCGAGUGGAGGCUGGGACAUGAAGAAGGUGGAUGGCUCACAGCAGUUCUUCCCUGCGGAUCUGGUGCUGCUGGCCAUGGGUUUCCUUGGCCCCGAGGCCCGUGUUCUGGGCGAGGAGGUUGAGAAGGAUGCGCGCAAGAAUGUCAAGACACCCCCUGGCAAGUACUGCACCAACCUGGAUGGCGUGUUUGCUGCGGGCGAUGCGCGCCGCGGACAGUCAUUGAUUGUCUGGGGCAUCAACGAGGGUCGUAUGGCAGCGCGCGAGGUUGACUUGUUCCUCGAGCAGAACACUAACCUGCCUGUGACGGGUGGUUUGGUCAAGCGCAAGGCUACGGAGAUUCUGGGCCGUGUUGCGACAGCCAAGGCUGCAGCCUGA